AUGAACAGACGCAUGCUACUGGAUAAGGAAAUGAAGGUCAAUUGGGCAGUCGAACCAGGACAACAACAACCGAAGAUUGACACUAGCAAACACUUCCAUGUGUUUGUUGGCGAUCUCUCUCCAGAAGUUGAUAACAAGGCUCUCAAGGAGGCAUUUGCUCCAUUCGGAGAUGUUAGUGAUGCGAAGGUUAUUCGUGACGUGACAACCUUGAAGUCAAAGGGUUACGGCUUCGUUUCGUAUCCUAAACGUGAAGAAGCUGAACGAGCUAUUGAGCAAAUGAAUGGUCAGUGGCUCGGUCGUCGUACUAUACGUACAAAUUGGGCCACACGCAAACCAGGACAAGGCGGUGGGGACCAGCCUGCGUCAAAUGAAAAGACCUAUGAAGAUAUCUUCAAUAUGACUACGCCUGAUAAUACUUCCGUAUACGUUGGAAAUGUGGCUGGAGGAGAAGAUAUACGGGAAGCUUUCGGAAGAUUCGGUAGAAUUCUGGAAGUUAGAAUCUUCAAGGUUCAAGGUUACGCAUUUGUUAAGUUCGACUCGAAGGACUGUGCCUGUCGAGCUAUCCUGCAAAUGAAUGGCGGCGACCUUGGAGGGAAUACUAUCCGUUGUUCAUGGGGGAAGACAAGCGAUUCAGAGAAACGCCAGCAGGGUUACAGUAAUUAUGGCCAGGGUGCAUAUGGCUACGGAGGGCAAGCCACCGGAAGCAGUGGUUAUGGCCCUCCUGCGAGUACUGGACCAGGGGGAGCAGCAGCAGCAGCUGCUGCUCAAGCUCAGCAGCAGUAUUACAACUACUAUGCACAAUAUUACAGCAAUCCCCAAGUGAUGCAGCAGUGGGCCAGGUAG